UGAAAUCCAAAAAAUCACCUUCGAGAUCGCUAGAAAUCUUUGAUUGGCACAUUAUUCUGUUUGGAUUCCUGAGGCUUCCAUUGGAAUCGAGUAAUCGAAACAGUAUGCGUUGCAUGGUGAAAUCUUCGUCCCCAGUUUGCCCAAGGGCACAGGGCCGAAGAGGAGCAGAACCCUUUUCAUGAACUAUUCUGGAGUACGGUAGAAACUUCCGGGGGGAAGACGAAGGGGAUAUUUGUUGUGGUCGUGGAGGAAUUUUCGGGGAGACCUGAGAGUGGUAAAACGGGGAAGUAUGUAAGCUCUAUUGGUCAUAUGGCUCCGGACCAGUUUGACGAUAUAAGCAGCAGAUAUCAAAAGGGUAAAACAUCGUCGCCCGAUGCCUAUACAGUGGCACCGAUCCAUCAUCAUGUCGAAUUACUGGAUCAAUGCGUUCAGCUGAUAAACUCGGAAUGGCCUCGUUCGUACACUGCUCGCCUUUGGAGUUUGAAAUCCUCUAAAGAUACAUUACCCACUAGCAUGGUACUGAUUGAUGGGACCGAGAGCGGGAAACCAACUGUUUUGGCGCACGCUAAACUAUCUCCAAUACCAUCUGACGCAGAUGCCGUCUUCAUCGAGACCGUUGUCGUGGAUCGACGAUAUCGCGGAAAGGGUCUAGGGAGAUUUCUGAUGAACGAAGUAGAAAAGCACUGCUUUGGAACGCUAAGUCUUAGAACGAUUUACCUGUCAACCAUUGACCAAGAGGGUUUUUAUGCUAGAUUGGGGUAUAAAUUAUGCAAAGCCAUGAACAUGUUUGGAACUAGAAACGCAUUCAAUACUUCCACGAAAAAAAUAUGGAUGAUGAAAACGCAGAACGAAUGGAAUUCAAAUCAUUCAGCCAGUAGAUAAAACAUUCAAACAUAAAGUAGACAUACAUCAAGGGAAAUAUGUUGCUUAUAUGUCCAUUUAGGUAAUCUACGUGACAAAUGACCUGAUCUGUGGCUUAACAAGAUAGAUUCAAAUUUUACUUAAUAUCUAGUAUGUAUUUCACCCAACUCGUGCUGCAAUAACUGUUAUUAAUGUGUAAAUAAAUUAUUUGUAGUUACUAUUUAA